GUGAUCGAUGCCAUCUCAGCAGCCAUCUCCGGCACCGCUGGCUGCAGCCUGCUGGACGUCGACCCCGGAGCCUCCACCAACCGGACCGUCUACACCUUCGUGGGCUCCCCUGCAGCCGUGGUGGAGGCAGCGCUGAACGCCGCCCGGCAGGCCUUCAGCCUCAUCGACAUGAGCAAACACUCAGGUGAGCAUCCUCGGACCGGAGCGCUGGACGUUUGUCCCUUCAUCCCCGUCCAGAAUGUCUCCAUGGACGACUGUGUCAACUGCGCCAACGUCUUCGGACGGAAACUGGCCGAACUGCUGCACGUGCCCGUUUAUCUUUACGGAGAGGCAGCACGAAAAGAAUCUAGGAGAAGUCUUCCGUCUGUCCGAGCCGGAGAGUACGAAGCUUUACCUGAGAAGUUGAAGCGCGACGAUUGGGCCCCCGACUUUGGCCCCGCCACGUUCGUGCCAUCGUGGGGCGCCACUGUAACCGGCGCUCGCAAGUUCCUCAUCGCCUACAACGUGAAUCUGAUAAGCACCAAGGAGCAGGCUCAUCGCAUCGCCCUGGACGUGCGGGAGCAGGGCCGAGGGAAAGACCAGCCUGGGGUGCUGCAGAAGGUGCAGGGGAUGGGCUGGUACCUGGACGAGGCCAACAUCGCUCAGGUGUCCACCAACAUCCUGGACUACGAGCUGACCCCCCUCCACACCGUGUACGAGGAGAUCUGCAGGGACGCUGAGGACCUAAAGCUGCCUGUAGUCGGCUCUCAGAUCGUGGGUCUGAUCCCUCUGAAGGCUCUGCUGGAUGCUGCUGACUUCUACAUCCGCAGAGACCAGCUCUUCAUCAUCGAAGAGGAGCACAAAGUCCGGCUGGUGAUCAGUAAACUCGGCCUCGACUCUCUCGGCCCGUUCAACCCGAAGGAGAGAAUCAUAGAGUACAUGGUGAGGUCACGGGAGGACAGCCGGCUGGUGUCUCUGUCUCUGCAGCAGUUUGUUCAGAGUGUCGGCGCUCGGACGGCGGCUCCUGGUGGAGGAUCAGUUUCCGCUGCUAUCGCUGCUCUGGGGGCAGCGUUGGGCGCCAUGGUGGGUCAGAUGACUUACGGGAAGAGGCAGUUUGAGAACCUGGACGGGGUGAUGAGGAGGCUGAUUCCUCCGUUUCACCAGGCCAUGAACGAUUUGCUGCUUAUGGUGGACGCUGACUCGUCCGCCUUCAACAGCUACAUGGCGGCGCUGAAAAUGCCAAAGAACACUGCAGAGGAAAUGAAGAGGCGACAGGCUGCGAUGCAGGAGGGUCUGCAGCAAGCGGUGGGCGUCCCGCUGGCUCUGGCUGAGAGGAUCAGCGUCCUCUGGCCGUCUCUUAAAGAAAUGGUCGUCCACGGGAACAUGGCCUGCAAGUCCGACGCUCAGGUGGCAGCUAAAGCUUUGGAGACGGCUGUUUUCGGCGCGUAUUACAACAUCACCAUCAACCUCAAAGACGUCGCAGACGACACCUUCAAGACAGCCACUCAGGCGAGAGCGUCGGCGUUGCUGCAGGAAGCGAAGGAGAGCGCUGCCGCCAUCCUCCAAGCUGCUGAGGAGAGAAAGUGAAAACGCACGAAGAAGAGAAGCUGAUGGUCCACAAACAUCUGAAUACAUCUGAUACUUACACAACGUUUCACCUCCCAACCUGCCGCUCUGUGACGUGUCUUGCAGCAGUGCACUCUGGGACUUGACUCUAGUCAUUUCUUAAUAUUUCUUCUGUCAGUGAAACUUGUGGCUGCAGCUUGUGUCUUUAUUUCCCUCCUGAUCCAACCAGGAGGGUUUCAUGUCCGAGUCUUCCUGCCUCUUUAGUUUUCUGCUUCAUUUCAGCUCCAGGAAACAUUUGCUUUAAUGAUCAGCUACAAGUCAUUUGAAAAAAGAAGUAAAAGAUGAGAACUUCUCAUCAACAAACAGUGAAUUCAGUGACGUGAUUACGUCAUUGGUAGAUCGUUAUUGUUAUGGUAGUGACAAAUUAAGGCCAAGCAGAUGGACAACUAAUAACUAAUCAAUAAAACAACACAACCAGUCAAAUCAACAGAAAUGAAACCAUGAGUCCUUCAUGGGGUGUUUUCUGAACAUGUUCUGAUGUAAAAGGUGAUGCUUUCUGAUGUUGAAGAUUUCAGUAUUAAUCCAGACAUUAAAGUGCUGCCAAACUGUGAAACACUUAAUAAUAAAUAAAUAAAUGAAGCACUUC